AUGCCAUCCAAGCGCAGGCAUGCAACAUCUCAACGUUCUCCAAUGGCGGCAUCGGAGUUUGCCGAUCUGAAAGAUACCGAAGCCUUCCACGACUACCUGUGCUCCGUCCAUGCAGAUUGUAUGUACAUCAGGGAGGGAGCAGGAGACACAGGAGUUCCUUGGGCAGAUAUGCCAGAUGUCAUUCGCUCAGACUUUAUCUCGCUCCCUGAAGGCCACCGUGGCCCAUUCCUUCCACAGACCCUCAAGAACUGGUCCGAAGAUACACACAUAAGUGAGAGGGACGUGCGCUUUGCGCGUGCUCUGUCUGAGCUCGAUGAGAGCGUCUGGAUCCCGCCAUCGUCCACGUCAACCUCAAACAUAGGUCCAGCAGAUAUCCCGCACCUGUCGGUCAUAUACACGCACAUUCACCAGGUGGAAGAAGUCAAGAAAAUCGGAGUCCACCCUUCCGAGCUAAUGAUGCGAGGCCCGAUUGAUUUCAUGUUGCGGAUCUGCUGUGACGAUAAGUUGAACAGCCAAGAAGACCAGGAUGCGUUCAAUGUGGCGAUUUUAAUGGAGCAGAGGCGACAACGAGCGGCGUUGGGACUUCCAAAGAGAGUGCAGUACGGUCUGGCAUGCGGUACCGCACAUAUCGCGGUAAUCGCUUGUAUGCUCAAUAGUGAUAACGGUUGCAAUUUGGGACCCGCACAAUGUUGGCGAUCUUCUCCGAUGCUUCUCCUUUGUCCGUGCUGUCGUAAGUCAAGCAGAAGCUGCUGCGAUGAACUCGACUUGGCUAUCGAUCGGCUGACGACCGUCCCGCGGGAACUUUGGUGGAGAGCUGAAGACGAGCCUCCUCAAUGGGAAUCACCAGCAUCGCCCCGUGCGAAAAAGAGGAAGACUCUCAAGAAGAGCCUGUCUGGGAGAGCACCACCGCAGAAGCCACAGCCUUUUGUUGUCCCGGCAGAGGACUUCUUUCACGUCUGCAACACAUUAUUCUCCACCAAAGGCGUCAUGUCCGCUGCAGACGAGGCUAGGUGGCUUGAGCUAUCCGAGGCUCGGGAAAAGCUCGAAUCAGACAUCAAGCCGACGGAGAGCUAUAUCCGAGGAUCGGAUGACACGCAGUCCCGGAUCGAAGCGUGGACGCGACAGAUUCAGCCGGUCAUUCAGGAUCCAGCGAAAUGA